AUGAUCCCCCCAGGCGAUAAAACUGCUUCCUCAAGCUCUAGCCCGAAGGACCGUCUCUCACAAGUCACAAACCACAUCAGCCCCUUACAAAAUACGUCCCGCAAACGCCGUCAUAAAUCCGCGGACGCUCUUCCCGUAGACUACUCGGACAUCCUCUCGCAAAUAUCAACGCUGCAAAAAUUCGCUGUAACACCAGAUCCUAAGCACGCUGGUUAUUCUCGCCAAAAAGCCGCUGGAAAACUCUGGGUCCGCGAGCGGGUCAAUCGUCUCUUUGACCCUGGGUCUGUCCAUGAGAUAGGCUCCGUGGCUGGAACUGUUCAGUGGAAAAAGCUAGCCGGAAUAAAAGAGGAACCUACACACUUCAUUCCGAGCAACAAUGUUCAAGGCUUUGGGGCACUACGAAAAAGAAAAGUGGUGUUUACCGCGGAUGAUUUCUCGAUUCGCGCAGGGCACGCAGAUGGCGCGUUGAUGCAGAAGACGAUUUACAUGGAGAAUCUGGCGAUUGAACUAAGACUCCCUAUCAUCAAGCUUGUAGAUGGAUCAUCUGGCGGCGGAAGCGUUACGACGAUUAAGACGUUGGGGUAUAGCUAUAUUCCUGGAGUGCCAUCCUUUAAAGAGGUAGCCAAACAGCUAGAACUUGGGAUUCCCAACCUAGGCGCUGUUGUAGGUCCGGCUAUUGGGCUUGGUGCGGCGAGGGUUGUUUCAUGUCACUUUUCAGUUAUGGCGGCGGAUAUCGGGUCCCUCUUCAAUGCUGGCCCUAAGGUUGUGGCCAACGCAACCUUCGAGGAAGGGUUGUCAUUUACGGACCUUGGUGGCCCAGGGAUGCAUUGCACAAACGGGACAAUUGACAAUCUAGCGCCAGAUGAAGAGGGCUGCUUUGAGCAGUUGCGCACUGUGUUAAGCUAUCUGCCCAACCAUGGGUUGGCGCUGCCACCAGUAAUCAAUAGCGAAGAUCGAGUUGAACGCGACUGUCAGAACUUGCGGACUAUUAUCCCGCGGAAGAAGGAGAGGAUGUAUAAUCCCCGGACCAUUAUCGAAACCGUUGUCGACGCUGGAAGUUGGUUUGAGAUCGGCGGCCUUUGGGGUACGACUGCUAUUACUGGUCUUGCACGCCUUGAUGGACGACCAGUGGGAAUUAUCAGCUUAAACUGCGAAGUCAAUGCCGGGGCACUUGAUGCAGCAGGUAGCCAGAAAUUAACGCGGCAUUUGAAGUUCUUGGAUACUUUCAACAUCCCUCUUGUGCAGUUCGUUGAUGUGCCAGGCUAUGCGAUUGGUACAGUGGCAGAGCGCACGGCAACGAUGAGACAUGGUGUUGCGCUUGGCACUACAUAUUUUAGCACCACGAUGCCAGUGUUUUCAGUGGUUACCAGGAGGGCUUAUGGUGUAGCAGGAGGCAUUAUGCUCGACUGCCGAGAUCCACGGAUGCGGAUUGCAUGGCCAAGUGGUGAGUGGGGAAGCUUGCCUUUGGAAGGCGGCCUUGAAGUUGGACAUGCAGCGGAGUUGAAGAAAAUCGAAAAAGAGAGCGGAAAAGAGGCGAGAGAGAAGAGAUAUAAGGAGCUGGAUGAGGAGUAUAGACGAUUGAUGAAUCCAGUUCGGACGGCAAAUGCGUUCGGAGCUGAAGAAAUCGUGGACCCAGCGCUGACAAGGCGGAUUACAAGUGCUUGGGUUGAGCAUGUAUAUGAGGUGCUUUUACCCAUACGACUCAUGGAUAGAGCAAAUGGCAAGAUUAAGCCGACUUUUUACUAA